AUGAGGUGAGCCGCCCUGCCCAGCCCUAUUGAUCCUUCUGUCUCUUGCAUUCCUCAUCUCCUCGCUUCAACAAGUCCCUUCGACCUUCCACCUGUGGGAAAAAACACAAGGAAAUCAGUGAAAGGUGAAGGAAGACUGCGUUUUUUUUACUGCGACGACGAAACCCUGCCUCAGCGCAGUCAGACUUCCCAUCGAUUCGUUUUACUUGUAUCUUAAACACUCGCGAUCCUAGGCGGCCUGGGUGAAACAGUGAUCUUUUCCUCCGCUCUUACGUCCUUCGAAUUCAGUACACAAACACCACCAUCAUUUUCUUCAGCUUCCAUUCUUUCCUCUCGUUCCCUUAUACCUCCAUGUCAGUCUCCAAAUUGCCUCUACCCGAUCGGGAUCGUCUCGUUCCUUCCCCCCUUGGCUCGCCGGCGCGCCCGUUGCUCAAUCCCACCGUGUCAAACGCCCCUCACAUGAGAACCCACGCCGGUUGUGUACUUUGCGGUCUCGUAGCUAGCGCAGCGGGAACCAAUACGUUCAAUUCGAUGGGAUCAGAAGGUGAUCCAACGCCUCCCCCUUCGGCCGCCACCACCAGCUUCCUAUACUCUCAAAGUAGGUAUAAUGAACCAUUUGGAGCAUCGUCUUCCGCAACGGGGUCGAGCUCAAAUAGGAGGAUUGUCAAUGGAAGAGAGAUAGUAUAUCAGGAUGAAGACAUAACAGUAUAUUCAGCUGAAGGGAAGGAAAGAUUAUGCAGCGGAGGCAGACACUUGAUCAUAGUGGUCAACCGACAUUUGGAGAGUGUCUAUGAUUUU